AUGCAUUUUAGAUCUUCAUCUUAAGGUUCUAGUCCACAGAUUGAAAUUCUAUAAUCAGAACGUACAUUACUUACAACUCCUGUGACUUAGAGUACAUUGUUUAAAACAUUUACAGAAAUGGCAAAAGCGUACGAUAAAAAAGUAGGUUUAGAAAAGCAUUUUCAAACUCAAUUUAGAGAAUUCCAUCUCCUCGAGCUAGAUUAACGCUAUAACUAACUCACAAUAAAGCACAACGUGAUUAAAUUAUAUCUUAAUUGACUGAAAGACAUUAAGAAGCUAUUGGUAAUGCUCUAAUAAAUGGGAAUUAAAAAAAAUAAAAAAUUCGUAUUGUAUAAAAAUAAAAAAGAAGAGAUCAUUCACCUAAAAAACUUGUAAACUUAAAGGAAGGAGCAAAAGGUAUUUAUUAUGUAAUAAAAAUAGUUUAUUAAAUGCCUAAUUUAGAAUUACCUACAUUUGAAGCAGAAAUUGAUCAUCCUUCUUAAUUAACAUUUUAUUGUGAUGUCUAAGAAUUUUAUAGGUGUGUUAAAACUUUUAGACCAUCAUUUACUGAAAGUGGAACCAUGAUAUUUUAUGGAGACUCAUUAUAUUUAUAUGGUGGUAUAGCAGGUGAUGGAAUAAGAGAUGAAAUGCUUCGGUAUGAUUUAAGUAAAAAUAUCAUGUAAUUAGGAUAAUAGGAAUGGUAUAUGGUUGAAGGUUUUGGUGAAAAGCCAAAAAAUGGUAGAGCUGCUCAUACAUUUAUAUCAUUGAGAAACCAUUUCAUAUUAUUUGGAGGAGCUUGCAAAUUUAAUGUAAAAUUAAAGAUUAGAGAAUGUUUUAAUACAAUUUAUGAUUAUAAUAUAACUACUAAAUUUUGGGAGAAAAUAAAUACAUAAGGAGAUUAUAUAGAACCACGUAGACAUCAUAAAGCAUGUGUCUAUGGAUGGAAAUGGAUGUUAAUUUAUGGUGGAAUUAAUAGCAAUGAAUAAGUAUUAAGUGAUACAGCUUUAUACAAUAUAGAAAAGAUGAUUUGGAAAUAAUGGGAUGUCAAAUCAUCACCAAUAUGUUGUCAUUCUAUAAUCAAUAUAUCAUAAUCAAUCAAAUUUAAUGAUAAUACAACUGAUCUAAUCCCAGCAGAAAUAAUAUAUUCCUUUGGAGGAAAAGACUAAACAGGAAACUCUACUAAUUUCAUUAAGAAACUUUUAUUUUAUCCUAAUACUACAACUGCCAUAGCUUGGGAAACUAUUUAAGCAGGAGGCAAACCUCCACUGCCUUGUCAUAAUCAUACUAUGGAGUACAUUAAGAAAAUUUAAGGAAUAAUCAUUUUAGGUGGAUAAAGAGAUGAUUUAAUUAAUGGAUCUUUAGAAUCAAAUUAAUGUUAUAUUUUCUAUCCUCAUUUGAGUCUGUGGUAAGAAGUGUAAAUGGAAGGUAAUAAUCUUCCAAGAUGUGCCCACACAUCUGUAUUAUUAAGUUCCAAAAUUGCAGUUUUUGGGGGCAUUGGCAAUGGAAGAUAUUUAGAACCAUUGAUAAAUUAUAUAGAAACUGAUUAGACAUAAGUUUCAUCUAAAAUUACCAAAGAACAAUUUAAUAAAAGAUAAACUUAAUAUUUAUUGAUAAAAUAAAAAUCAAGUCUAGAUAGGAUUGAAUCUUUAAAUUUCACUCCAAAAUAGGUUCCAUCUUUUCAUAAUGAUAAUUACAAAGGUUUGGGAUUUAAGAUACAUACAAAAAAAUUCUCAAGUUAUUCAACAAAAUCAUUUCAACCCCCAAAAAAAUAAGCUUAAAUUAGAUAUGAUAUUUUUAUAGGUUUAGUGAGUAGAGUAAUUGAAGAAAAUUCAGAUAUAUUAAAUAACUUUGGUAAAUUUAUGAGAAAAUUAUCAAUAUAAUGA